GCUGAAUAUUCUAAAACACUUCCACCAGAAUUAAUUCGUCCGAUUGUUCUUUAUUUAAAAAAUGAUAAAAAAUCUCUUCAUUCUUGCUUAUUAGUUUCUCGAGAUUGGUGUAAAGAAACGGUAGAUUUAUUAUGGAAACAACCAUUUCAUUUUUUAUACACUUGCAAUAAAAUAAACUCUUCAGUUUUAGCACAAUUUACAAACCCUAAAUUAAACAACCAAUGUCAUUGUUCAAAUGAGAAACGACAAUAUCAAGCUACUAAUUUAUUAAUGACUUAUUUAUCAAUUAAACAUGGAAUUAUUACGUUCGAUUAUUUCGAAUUUUUACGUGUAUUGGAUUUGCAUGAAUUAUAUUGUGCAAUUAAAGAUUGGAAUCAAUGGAAUAAAUUCAACAAGGAUAACUCUUCCCCUCUAACAUUUAAAAAUCUCAACAUAAUUUAGUUCAUUUUGAGUUAUUUGAUAUUCCAGAAACGGGUAUAAAUAAAAUUUUAGAAUCUUUAAAAGAAUCUCAACAUA